AUGUCGACCGCCGAGGUGGUUCGCUGGCUCGAAGGCUCAAAAGCUCCAGCGCACCCCGACUCGCUGCUGCAUCCCGCCGAUGUGUUUCCACUCGCGACAAUCUCCAACCCCCCCUCCAGCACCGAUUCCGACCUAGACAGCGACGACGGCGCCCGGCUCGCCGCCCGCAACAUAGCGUCCCUGGUCCACCCUCCGGCUCCGACCCCUAAGACUAUGGAGGACCAGGUGACCGCAGCCCACGCCCGCCGACGCUCCUCCUCCCUCGCCGGCGCCUCUGGCCCCGCCCAGCACGCAGACCGCAAGCACCGCCGGCGCAACUCGGACCACAUCCUCGAAGAGGGCGAAGACAGGGGGCCUGGCAGCGACUCGGACGACUCGGGCCUCACCGACAGCGACGAUCUCGAAUUGGACAACAUGAGCGCCGACGGCCUGCAGGACGACGAGGAGACGGGGCUCACCGGCCGAGACAGGCGGCGGAGGCGCCGCAGGAAGAGGCGCAACACGCUGCUGGAGAACCGCGUCGUCCCGCAGGAUGUCAAGUUCACAAAGGAGGAGGAGAAGAUUGCCAAUCAGAACCUCCUCCAUUCAAUGUUGAUAAACGCUGCGUUGAUUGGACUGUGGUACCUCUUUUCCAUCUCGAUCUCCGUGUACAACAAGUGGAUGUUCAAGGAAGAAAAAGGCGACGGCGAAACACAGAACAUCUUUCCAUUUCCGCUCUUUACGACCUGUCUGCACAUGGUGGUCCAGUUUACGCUUGCAUCGCUCGUUCUUUUCAUGAUACCCUCACUCCGGCCUCGCCACGACUCUCUUAACCCCCACGGCCCCGGUGCCCACGACGAACCGUUAGACCCUAAGAAACCACUCAUGACGAAGUGGUUCUAUUUUACGCGAAUCGGUCCCUGUGGCGCGGCCACCGGCAUGGACAUUGGGCUGGGCAACACGAGCCUGAAGUUCAUUACUCUGACCUUUUUCACGAUGUGCAAAUCGUCUGCACUCGGUUUCGUGCUCCUGUUCGCAUUUCUCUUCGGCCUCGAGCAGAUCUCGUGGCGCCUCAUUAUUAUCAUCGCCAUCAUGACCCUCGGCGUGAUCAUGAUGGUCGCCGGCGAGACGGCCUUCCACGUCCUCGGCUUCAUCCUCGUCAUGUCGUCCGCCUGCUCAUCGGGCUUCCGCUGGUCGCUCACACAGAUUCUGCUCCUACGCAACCCCGCGACCGCGAAUCCAUUCUCUUCGAUAUUUUUCCUAGCACCUGUCAUGUUCAUUAGCAUCCUCGUUUUAGCGAUACCCGUGGAAGGAUUUCCAGCCCUCUUCGAGGGGCUGUCUAGACUGUUUGAGAUGAAGGGUGCGCUCCUGGGCAUCGGCAUCCUGCUGUUCCCGGGGUGUCUGGCGUUCCUGAUGACGGCGAGCGAGUUUGCGCUGCUGAAGCGGACCAGUGUUGUCACGCUGAGCAUCUGCGGCAUAUUCAAAGAGGUGGUAACCAUCACCACGGCGAACAUUGUGUUCCACGACCCGCUGACCCCGAUCAACCUCACUGGCCUCGUCAUCACGAUCUGCAGCAUCGCGGCGUACAACUACUUCAAGAUCCAGAAGAUGCGGAGCGAGGCGCGGAUCAACGCGCAUCUCGCAGCGCAGGAUCUCUACGCGCCAGUCAACACGCAAGAUCCAGAUCUGGUGCGACCUCGACACUCCACGAGCGGGAGCCUGGUCCGCAACAGCCUCAGUCUGAGUCUUGGGCCAGGCGCUAACGCAGAACGCACAACGACCGAUAGCCCGUUGAGAACGUCGCCGGUGAAGAGACCAGAAGACUUGGAGUAG